UGGAGGUUUUCUUAUUGGUCUGUACGAGAGAGAGAUGGAGUUGGGUUUGAGCUUGAGAGACGCCUCCAACGCCUAAAGUUCAAAAUAUCGAUACACCCGAUAUGCCGGUAUGGGUGUAUCGGGUGAAUCGAUACUCCUUUUGGUGUUUAUUUUUUUUUUGCCAACUAAUUCAGGGGAGCCGAUUUGAGUCUUCGUUACACUCUGAACUGGUCAGACCACUGAUACACCCACUGUAGGGGCAUAUUGGUGGGUGCCAGAACGAUACAUAUCGAUCGAUACGGACUGAUACGUGUCAAUACUUUGAACCUUGCCAAUGCGCUUUUGCAGACAAGAGUCAUAAGGUUAGCGCCAAAGGUCUAGGGUUUUGCAUGGGCUUAGGUGUUGGGAUUGUUAACAGUAGAGAGGAAGGGAAACUAGAAGCUAAUGAGCGGGAUUCUGCUUUAAGGGAUGUAGAUGAAAUAGAGGAGGAGAAAAAGAAUUCUACCGGUCCGCCUAUUCAGCUUGAUCUUCUCCCUCCUGGUCCCGUCCCUCGUAACCCCCCUUCUUCUUUGCAACUAUGCUUUCCCUGGCCAACAGAGAAUGGUAAUUCUGAGGCAGGUUCAUCGGGUCACCUAGGGGCAAUGGCGAGAGGGUUCGACGUCAAUCGGUUGCCCGCGGCAGAGGAUAUUGAUGAUGAGCCGUAGUUUCUUCUCCCAACAGUACUGUUUCU